AAAUUCUUAAAUUAAUUAAAAAAAAGAAAUACAAAGGGAACCCCUAAAUUGUUUCUUCUCCCCGCCGCCGCUGUGCCGAAUCGACGUUGCGUUGUACCGCCACAAUCGGUCGUAGAUGGCUUACAGAGGAGGACGAGGAAGAGGAAGAGGUGGGUUUGGUGGGUUUGGUGGGUUUGGCGUUGAGUACGCAAAGGCCGAACCUUUCGUUAUCUUCCCUGACAUUACGUUACCUGACCGUAAAUCAAUCUCAGACGAUACCCAAUUACUUAAGAACUUCAAUUAUUUUGAGAGGUUCUGGAAAAGUUCGCCUUACCACUUAGGCGAUGGUGUUUCAAAGAAAGAGAGUGAGAGUUUAGACAUUGAGAGGUUCUCAGACACGUUGAAGCCGAAGAAGACGAAGUCUAAUGCGAGGGGAUCUUUCUAUGACUUUCUUGUUCUUAGACCUGAUAACUUCCCUAAAGAACUUCUUGGAGAUAGUCGAAGAGAACGGCCUGUGAAGAGAGCUAGAUGGACUCAAGACGCAGAUCUGCAGAAGCUGGAGGCCUUGGAGAAACUUGAAGCGAAGCUUAAGGCUGAUGGCAAGGAAGAGAAUGAAGAAGGAGAAGGUGAUGAUGAAGUUGAGGAAUCCGAGGGAGAAGAUUCUGAUAACGGAGACUAUGAUAAGAAUAAAGACUUUGACGAUGAUGAUGACGAUUAUAACGAGCCGGAGGAUAACGAUAAUGAAGAAGUGUAUAUUUAAGGCUUCUUUUUCUUUAUGUCUUCCCAAAAAAAGGAUCAAGUUUUGAGUGCAAGAGAUGGUGGAAACUCAAUUUUAAUUACCUUCAAACCCUCUUAGAAUAAUACAAGGGCAUUUCUGGCAUUUGUUGCUUUUAUUCUUUUUUUUUUUGGCUUUAGUAUAUGGGGAAUCAGGUGAAAUACACUUUUUUUUUUGAGCAA